CGCAGAGCAUCAACAGCGGAGCAUUCAACCUCUGUCAGUCCGACACACUUCAGUCCAGUCUGCGACACGAGCGAGAUUUAAUUUAGAAAAGUAAUUUACAGUCAGUCACAGAGAAAGAAACAAAGAAACAAACGUGAGCCUGGACUGUAGCUUGAGCGGACAAGAACAAAUUCAAGAAGUCACAGGUCCAGUCUUUUUUCUUUCUUUCUUUCUUUUUCUUUCUCUCUCUCUCUCUCUCUCUCUCUCUCUCUUCUCUUCUUUCUUUCUUUCUUUCCUCAGCUCCCUUGUUUUCUUGUUUCUCUCUCUCUGGACAUUGGUUAUGUGAGCUGACUGUGCUCUCCGGACUGUACCUGCGGUGAUGGGCCAGGUCGGGAGAUGAGCAGCGGUCGGUGUGGGGGUGCCAGGGGCGCAAGAGGACGUCUGGACGCUGAGGCCACAGGGUGAGAUAGGGCUGAGACCGCCUCAUGUGUUGGGCUUCCUCUGAGUUCUGGUCCCCACCGACCCCCAUCCUCCCAGCAUCAGUGGGAUGUCCCAGGUGUGUCUCCUCUUGGCCUUGCUCAUGCUCUGCAGCUGCACAAAGGUUUCUUCUACUAACUCCCUAGAGCUUGUGAAGGAGCAGUGGAGCAGCUACAAGAACCAGUGCCUGGACUACCUCAACGCCACGCCCCCUGCCACAGGGCUGGUGUGUAACAGGACCUUUGACUUGUACGCCUGCUGGCCUGAUGGACUCCCAGGAACCACUGUUAAUGUCUCCUGCCCAUGGUUCCUGCCAUGGUACAGAAAAGUUCAGCAGGGUCUGGUCUACAGAGUCUGCAAAGAGGAUGGUCAGUGGGCACAAAAGAAUACCAGCGAAUGUGAGGACGACCCUGGUGAGCAGCAGUAUGGACGCAUCCUCAGUCAGUUACGGAUCAUGUAUACAGUGGGCUACUCACUCUCACUGGGAGCUCUGCUACUGGCACUGGGAAUCCUCAUCACCUUCAGGAAGCUCCACUGUAUGAGGAACAACAUCCACAUGAACCUGUUCGCCUCCUUCAUCCUGAGAGCUGUGUCCAUCCUGGUAAAAGACGCCCUGCUAACCCUCACACUGGACGCCCAGAGCAGCAGCGACACGCAGACACAAGCCUGGGUCGACAUACCGGCUGUAUCGUGGUGUCGCGCUGCCAUGGUGAUGAUGCAGUACAGUGUGAUGGCCAACAAUUAUUGGCUCCUGGUUGAAGGCAUCUACCUACACAGCCUGCUAGUCAUCACAGUGUUCAGCGAGAGGAAGUACUUCUACAUUUACCUGGCCAUCGGCUGGGGUGCACCACUCAUAUUUGUGUUGCCGUGGAUCACGGUGAAAUAUCUAUAUGAGAACGAGGAGUGCUGGGAGAGGAAUAUUAAUAUGGGAUACUGGUGGAUCAUCCGCUCUCCUAUACUAUUUGCUUAUCUGAUUAACUUCUUCAUUUUCAUUCGAAUCAUCAAAAUCCUGAUGUCUAAACUCAGAGCUCAUCAGAUGAGAUACACUGACUACAAGUUCAGACUGGCAAAGUCCACUCUGACUCUCAUCCCCCUGCUGGGGAUCCACGCCAUCCUCUUCACCUUCGUCAUUGACGAGUCGGUCCCCAAAGGUUCCAUGCUGCGUCUCAUUCGCCUCUUCUGUGACCUCCUGUUUAAUUCCUUCCAGGGCCUGCUGGUAGCCAUCCUCUACUGCUUUGUCAACAAAGAGGUGCAGUCAGAGAUGCUGAAAAAGUGGAAGAGGUGGAAGCUGGGUAAGGACAUUGACGAGGAGUACCGCCACACCCACAGCCAAACGCCACACAUCAAGAGUGGCAGCAUCGCCACUGGCAAUCUGCCCGACCUCCACGACAACAACGUCAGCGACCCCAGCGGCGACUCUCCUCGUCUCAACAAAGGUGACAGAGGCCCACCCCGCUUAGCCGGGCCAGAGGAGAACCGCAGACUGGUUGUCUCCUACAGCAAUGGGACGGGGAAGGGAAGGUCCACCAAGAGCAGACACACCCUGCAGUUCUCUUUCCUGCCACACCGAGGCCCUGCCAGCCACGCCAGCACGGCCACAGAGGACGUGUGUCUGGAGGAGAGGGUGCAGUGCCGCAUAUACCCUCUGAAAGGAGAGGAGACUAAUGUCUGAUGACAAACCUGCUCUGAGCCCUCGUCACGGAGACUCUCGCUGAUUGUGCUUUUUGUUGUUUCGGAUCAGUGUUUAUCGUGCACCAACAAGACAGCCUGAGUGGGAACGAGGGAAAUGAGGAAGUGACCCACACCAAUCGGGAUGUUCACUGCUGCACAACUUUGCAGGAAAUAAUGUUUUAACCUGCUCUGCAAAUGCAAAUGAAUAUUUAUUGGUUUUGGGACCUAGAACAAAAGAAAGAAUAAAAAGAAAGAAAAAAAAGAACUUUUUGACUUCAGCCAUCAGGAAUGAUUAAACUCCAGUGGUGUUUCAGUGUGAGUGUGUGUAUGAUGUCAUUUCAAACCUUUGCCAUCGACCCCGCCCACAUCUUUCCAUCUGUGCUGCCGUUGCCUGUUGUGAGUCAUGCUUGUGUUGUGUGUCUGUUUGCAGCAAUGGACAGUCAUUUGUGGUACUCCUCUACAAAAACCCCUCAGUGUCAAUUUUUUAUUUUGUGUUUUUUUUUUUUUCUUUUGUGGUUUUAUGAACCUGAAUGUGGGCUACGUGGCGUGCAUGUCUCCUGACGUCAUCGUAUCAAAAACAGGAGUGAGCGAUUCACUGGAGAUCACUGACUCCUAUCAUUGCCAUGCAGAGGCAGCCUCACAGAGGAUGGAUGCUUUCAUCUUUAAGACUGUGCUAUAAUGUUUAAGUUAUUGUGGUUUUAAAUGACCAAAGCCAAAUGAGAAAAUAAUAAUAUACUAUUGUGGGUUUUACAUCAUUUGGGUAAAAUAUUAAAUCCAUUUUUUCAUGCACAUUCCCUUCAUUUUUUGCUUUCUGUACUCUCCUAUUUUAAACAGGCCCUCCUGUCUGAAUGUAUAUGAACAAUGGAGAAAUAUGGGUGAAACAAUGUUUAAGUGUAUAUAUGUAAUUAGAAAUACACACUAUGUCCAGAGCACCGGUGACAAGACUUUUAUUUAAAAUUUUGGUUUGCCUUCGUAAGGGCGUGUCAGUUAAUCGCGCAGGCAGUUAAUAUAUAUAAGAAGAAGUUGUUCCAGAUCAUCAUCAUCAUACUGCUCCAGUCAUUGUCCAUACAGCUACACAUUUAGUGUUGUUUGGAAAGAAUGGAGGCAAACACAGAAAAUAACUUUUUUUUUCUUUCUUUUUUGCACACAAAAUAUAAUAUGUACAGAUGAGAAAAGUCAGCCAUUUAUAUUCCAGGAGGGUUUUUAAAGCGAAGGUGUUACAUUUCCUAACAUGAUGUGAGGAUAUUUUUUGUUGAACAGAGCACCUCAUUUCCAAUAGAGGAGCUAGUUUUAUCUUCAUUUUUUCCCUCUUCAGAUUGGAUCAGGGAUUGUAUUAAAUGUGCCUCACAAAACCACUUUUACUUUGACUUCAGGAAAAAAUAAAAAAAUAGAUUCAGGAUCAGAUUCAGUUACGAAAUGGACUUAAUUUAAUUGUCAGUAGAUUUUAAUCACAAUGGAGCCAACAAGGAUUUUCACAAAGAGAAGUUUUUAAUCAAGGACCGUAAACAAGUGCUCUGUGUGAAGUGAGGGAGAAUGCACUGUAUGAUGUAAAUACUGAUAAAACUGAAUAUUAUAAAGACAAAGAGGGGUGGGUGGAGGGAGGUGUUGUUUUCCUGUGUUUUUGCUUGGAGUCCAGGUGACUCAAAAAUGAAAAUGAACACGACUAAUUACUCUCUGUUUUGCAGAACAUGAUUGUACCUGUCCUUUUAUUUAAAAUGUUGCAGUUGUCGGGAGGGGCCCAAAGCAAACAAUGUCACAAGUGAAAGCAAAAAAUUUUAUAUGAAAGCCAAAUUAUUGUGUCUCAUAUGUCUCUGUGGAUCCAAUUAAAGUGAAUUCUGUCA